UGGCCUUUUCUGCUUCAACUUGCUGCGUUCACUCGUGUUUCCUGGCUUCAACUCUCACGCAAAGAAAAACCUGAAAAGUAUUUUUUUUUCUGUUACAAAUCACACUGGACUAGAGUCAGGUAUUAUAUCUACAUCUUCAGUUAGAUUCUAACUGAAGCCAGGGCGCAGACAUUUUGUUUUACUAUUACUUAGUCUAAGUUGGUUUGUGUGAGUUUGUGAAAGAGGGAAGAGGAGUCGGAUUGGGUUUGUCUGCAUGAGUUUUUGAGUUGGAAAAAGAGCAGAAUGAUCGCGGCUCAACUACUGGCCUAUUACUUCACAGAGCUGAAGGAUGACCAAGUUAAAAAGAUUGAUAAGUACCUGUACUCCAUGCGCUUCUCUGAUGAGACGCUGCUGGACAUCACCAAGCGCUUCAGAAUGGAGCUGGUCAACGGGCUGGGCGGUGACACCAACGCCACCGCCUCGCUAAAGAUGCUCCCAACGUUUGUGCGGUCGAUCCCGGAUGGAACAGAGAAAGGAGAUUUCAUUGCUUUGGAUCUGGGAGGCAGUAACUUCAGAAUCCUGCGUGUCAAAGUCAGCCAUGAGAAAAAACAGACGGUCCAGAUGGAGAGUGAGGUCUACGACACGCCAGAGGAUAUCAUUCACGGCAGCGGAACAAGACUGUUCGACCAUGUGGCCGAGUGUCUAGGCGACUUCAUGGAGAAACAUGACAUCAAAGACAAGAGACUCCCAGUGGGUUUUACCUUCUCCUUCCCCUGCCAGCAGAACAAACUGGAUGAGGGCUAUCUGAUACAAUGGACGAAACGUUUCAAAGCCAGCGGGGUGGAAGGGAUGGAUGUUGUCCAGCUGCUCAACAAAGCCAUUAAGAAACGAGGAGACUACGAGGCCGAUAUCAUGGCAGUAGUGAACGAUACCGUAGGAACAAUGAUGACCUGCGGUUUUGAUGACCAGCGCUGUGAAGUUGGCAUUAUCAUCGGUACUGGCACCAACGCUUGCUACAUGGAGGAGCUGCGUCACAUCGACCUGGUGGAGGGAGACGAGGGCCGCAUGUGCGUCAACACUGAGUGGGGGGGAUUUGGAGACGACGGCCGGCUGGAGGACCUCAGGACGGAGUUUGAUAGAGAGAUAGACAGAGGUUCUCUCAACCCCGGCAGCCAGCUUUUUGAGAAGAUGGUCAGUGGGAUGUACAUGGGGGAGCUGGUUCGCCUCAUCCUGGUAAAGAUGGCCCGAGAGGGGCUGCUGUUUGAGGGGAGAAUCACCCCUGAGCUGCUUACUAGGGGCACAUUUGAGACCAAACAUGUUUCAGCAAUAGAGAAGAGUAAGGAAGGUUUAAUCAAGGCAAAAGAUAUCUUAAGUCGACUUGGCGUGGAACCUUCAGCAGACGACUGCGUCGCUGUACAACACGUUUGUGCCAUUGUCUCCCACCGCUCUGCUAACCUGGUAGCUGCUGCCCUGGCUGGCAUCCUGUUGAGAAUGAAGGACAACAGAGGAUUGACACGACUCCGAACCACUGUGGGCAUUGAUGGGUCUCUGUACAAGAUGCACCCACAAUACGCUCGUCGCCUCCAUAAGACCGUCAGACGUUUGGUUCCCGACUGCGACGUCCGCUUCCUUCUAUCAGAGAGUGGCAGUGGGAAAGGCGCUGCCAUGGUGACAGCCGUGGCCUACAGACUCGCCGAUCAAUCCCGACAAAUCGCCAAGAUACUGUCCGAGUUCCGCCUGACGACCGAGCAGCUGCUCGAGGUGAAAAAGAGGAUGACGACAGAGAUCGAAAACGGUCUUUCAAAGAGUACACAGGACACUGCCACGGUCAAAAUGCUGCCUACGUUUGUCCGCCGCACCCCUGACGGCUCAGAAAAUGGGGAUUUCCUUGCUUUGGACUUGGGUGGAACCAACUUUCGGGUUCUGAUGGUCAAGAUUCGCUCUGGGAAAAAGAGAUCGGUGGAGAUGCACAACAAGAUUUACGCUAUUCCUCUGGAGGUGAUGCAGGGAACAGGAGAGGAGCUGUUUGAUCACAUAGUGCAUUGCAUCAGUGACUUCCUGGACUACAUGGGGAUGAAGAACGCACGUCUUCCUCUGGGCUUCACCUUCUCCUUCCCAUGCCGACAGACGAGCCUUGAUGCUGGCAUCUUGGUGACUUGGACCAAGGGCUUCAAGGCGACAGACUGUGAGGGAGAAGAUGUUGUCGGACUGCUGAGGGAAGCCAUUAAGAGAAGAGAGGAGUUUGACCUAGAUGUGGUGGCUGUCGUCAACGACACAGUGGGAACCAUGAUGACCUGUGCCUACGAAGAGCCCACCUGUGAGAUUGGACUCAUUGCUGGAACUGGCAGCAAUGCCUGCUACAUGGAGGAGAUGAAGAACAUUGAGACGGUCGAGGGCGAUGAGGGACGCAUGUGUGUCAACAUGGAGUGGGGGGCUUUCGGGGACAACGGAUGCCUGGACGACUUUAGGACAGAGUAUGACAACAUGGUGGACGAGCUCUCUCUGAAUCCAGGGAAACAAAGAUAUGAGAAGAUGAUCAGCGGCAUGUACCUUGGAGAGAUUGUGAGGAACAUCCUCAUAGACAUGACCAAAAAGGGAUUCCUAUUCAGAGGCCAGAUUUCUGAAACACUGAAGACCAGAGGCAUCUUUGAAACAAAGUUCCUUUCACAGAUAGAGAGUGACAGAUUGGCCUUGCUGCAAGUGAGAUCCAUCUUGCAACACUUAGGACUGGACAGCACAUGUGACGACAGUAUUAUCGUCAAAGAGGUAUGUGGAACAGUGUCGCGGCGUGCCGCUCAGCUGUGCGGGGCAGGGAUGGCAGCUGUUGUGGAUAAGAUAAGAGAGAACCGCGGCCUGGACCAUUUGGACAUCACUGUGGGGGUGGACGGGACGUUGUACAAAUUACAUCCACAUUUCUCGCGGGACAUGCAUCAGACUGUCAAGGAACUGGCCCCUAAAUGCACCGUCAACUUCCUGCUAUCUGAGGACGGCAGUGGCAAAGGAGCGGCUCUCAUCACAGCCGUGGGCUGUCGGCUUAGGGAAGAGCUCAACAGUAAAUAAAAAAGAAAUGAUCUGCAGUUUGUCGUUUUCACCCCAUUCCUCCCAUCCUCCUCCCCUUUCUGACACGCCUUGUUUUCCUCCAAACGGACUACAGUCAACACCUUACAUCCUGGCUGCUGUUCCAACCCUGUGUCUACCUGAGACAAAUAAAGGGGCACUCCCUUUCUCUGCAGACUUCAGUAGCAGAGGUUAUCUAUAGCAGUUAACUAUAUCCAACAGCAACCAGUUGCUUCAAAACACACUUUUGUGAUUAUAAACUUUAACACUUAUAAAGAUAAAACAUCUGAUUUAAAACAUAAUUAAAUAUAAUAUGAAUAUGUUUUAUUUUUAUUAUGUUUUAUUUUAUGCUACCUAUUCCUGGUUGCUCCAAUGUCUCCACCUGGAGGCUUUAUCUGGUUACUGCAGUUGUCAGGUUUCCUACAAGUCGUAAAUAAGACAUUCAUUUCAUGAUUCAACAAAAAACAACACAAUUUUAGACCAAUUUGUGUCUGUUUGCUGCUGUUCUAGUCUUAAUAUUUUUACAGGGUGACUUAAAUCGAUCGGAUGGAGAAGAAAGGGAAUAUUUGUGCUUAAGGUUUUUAAAAGUCUCACCCUGAUGUGAUGCAAUAUAUUUCGCAUUGUUAUUUAUUUUAUUUUUAUGAUUAAAAAUAUUCCUGUUGCAAAUAUCAUACGCACACAGUGGGCCACUGGCUGAUAUUCCCUGACUUUAUUUUCCCCUUGCACUGUGCACCAACCCUACUUUCAUGUGUCUGCUGAGUGUGUGUUUCCGCUCUCUGACUGCAAUGUGUACAGCUCUCUGUAAGCCACUGCAAACUGCUUCAUACUGUUGGUACUAAUUGCAGCUGCUGGAAAACUAGCUGUUGGGUUUUUUUGGUAGUCAUGGCCGUCCUUAUCAGCAUGAACGUGGUGCUAACAUGAUGAACAAAGAUGGCAACCUGAGUAUAAAUGUAAGAAUGUAACGGAGGCAAAUGUUCGGGAAAGAUUUAUUGCAUUUUGGCAGAAGAUGUGUAUAUUUAAAAAAAAAAAAAAAAA